AUGGCCAUCGCUAACAGGAUCUCGAGAAGGUUUGGAUUUACGGGAAUUAGUCCAAUGGACUGUUCAACGGAUCCCCUCCGUUACGUCGGUCGUUAUUGUGGUACGAUUAUCCUCAUUGAACUGAUCUCUGCUCAUAGGGCCUAUCCUAAACAGGGCUAUUCAUACGGCUCAUUAAUUGCUUCCCUGCACCCAGUUCUCCCCGAAUUGCAAGUCUCACACGUUCUUAUUUCAUAUCCUCUCGGACCUCGACAUUGGCUUACCGCCUUUCAUGGGAAGACUUACACCGAGGAACUGAAUACUCUGCUCCGCGAUCCCCGUUCCAACGUCCUAGUACUGUAUGGCGACCAAGACGACUUUACAUCAGUGGAGAACUACGAGCAGUGGGUGAAGAAGCUGCAAUGCGAGUUGGACAGGGAGGCGAAGCUCCAGAUCGUGAAGGUGGAGAAUGCAUCACAUUUCUGGCGAGAGCGAGGUGCAGCGAGCAGGCUUCUAGCUGCUCUGGAGGCGUGGCUGUCAUUAUGA